UCGCAGAUCUUCCUGGUCGCUGCUGUGGUUGCGAUGGUCGCUGCUAUGCCGCAACAUGGUCAUGACUACCACCACGGUCACGACUACCAGCACGGUCACGGUCACGCUGUGUCAUCGCAGAGCAUCGUACUGCACCAAACUCACGAGAGCAAGCACGAGCCCGUACACCACGAGGAACAUCAUGAGGAGCAGCACGAGCAGCACCAGGAGGAGCAUCACCACGGACACCACGAGGAACACCACGGCCACGCCUCCUCCUCACAGAGCAUCAAGCAGCACCACGGCAAAGCCACAGAGAAACACGUCGAGUACUAUUCUCACCCUAAGUACGAGUUCGCGUACAAAGUGGUGGACCCUCACACCGGCGACAAGAAAUCUCAGCACGAGUCUCGUGACGGUCACGUCGUGAAGGGCGUGUACAGUCUGCAUCAACCCGACGGCACCGUCAGGAUCGUCCAGUACCAUGCUGACAAGAAGACUGGGUGAGUAGACAAACAGUUAGCUAGAGCUAUUUACUUUUCAAACAAGGCAUAUAUUUGCUCAUUACCUAUCUCUUUUGUUUAACAGGUUCAACGCCAACGUGAAGUACGAGGGUCACGCUGUACACAUUGUUCCUGAA